UAGCAGGUCUUAGUCCCGAAGAUGCUGAUUUUGCUUCUUAUCUAAGAAGUGAGGGUGUUUCUCCUGAUGAAGCAGAUGAUCGAUUAGAAGAAUUAAGACAAACCUAUGAAAGUAAAAUAAUAGUCCGAGAAACAAUUCAAAAUUUUAGAGUGUUCGAGACUAAUGUUAACAAAGCCUAUCAAAAAAGAAAAAUUGAAGAAAUUACUGGCUCUGACGAUAGAAAUUGA